UUGUCUUCGAAAUAUAAAAAUUACGCGGUCUCUCGCACUAUUCCUUUUCUCUCUCUCUCUCUCUGUCUCUCUCUUCGUGUUCUUCUUCUUCCUCGUCCAUGGUGAUCUGAAGGAGAGGGAGAGAGACGCAGAGAGAGGCUCGGAUUAGCUAAACGUAAGGGCUCUAUUUGUCUUUGACGUCGUCGUUUUUUGGCUUGUUGGAAACCUUAGGCUCAGAGUGGUGGAAAUAGAUUUGUUUUGAACGACAAUGCCUGCAUUGGACGCUUUCGAUUCGUUCCUCUUCUCUCUAAGCAGAGCCUUCUGUAGUCCUUUCGCCGUCUUCGUUCAGAUCCAGGGAUGUCUAAUCUGCUUAAUUCUUGCUUUUGGGUGGGCUUGUGCGGCUUAUGUCAGGAAUAGGCAGAUCAAACAGAUGAAGGACAGUAUGCGACAUGGCAAUAGCUUUUCUUUUCUUUGUUGUGAUGUUAAUGAACUUGAGCACUCUAAUCAGGUUAACCUGCCUAGAGUUUCAGUUGUUAUGCCUUUAAAGGGUUUUGGAGAACACAAUCUACACAAUUGGAGAAGUCAGAUCACGUCUCUUUAUGGUGGUCCUUUAGAAUUUCUUUUUGUGGUGGAAAGUACAGAAGAUCCUGCUUACCAUGCUGUAUCUUUGUUAAUAUCAGAUUUUAAGGAUGAAGUUGAGGCUAAGGUUCUUGUAGCUGGUUUGUCAACAACUUGUAGUCAAAAAAUUCAUAAUCAGUUGGUUGGAGUGGAUAAAAUGCAUAAGGACACCAAGUAUGUGUUAUUCUUGGAUGAUGAUGUUAGGCUUCACCCUGGUUCAAUUGGAGCCCUCACUGCUGAGAUGGAAAAGAAUCCUGAUAUAUUUAUUCAAACUGGAUACCCUCUUGAUUUACCUUCAGGAAGUUUAGGGAGUUACUGCAUCUAUGAAUAUCACAUGCCUUGUUCAAUGGGAUUUGCUACUGGUGGAAAAACAUUCUUUUUGUGGGGAGGGUGCAUGAUGAUGCAUGCUGAUGAUUUUAGACUUGAUCGCUAUGGUGUGGUCUCGGGACUUCGAGAUGGUGGAUACUCCGAUGAUAUGACUCUUGCUGCUAUAGCUGGGGCACAUAAGAGGCUUAUAACAUCACCUCCAGUUGCGGUAUUUCCUCAUCCCCUUGCAAGCGAUCUUACUUUCCCAAGGUAUUGGAAUUACUUGAGGAAGCAAACGUUUGUUUUAGAGUCCUACACAACGAAGGUUAAUUGGAUAAUGAAUCGUGCAUUGUUUACUACCCACUGCUACCUGUCAUGGGGAUUUGUAGCACCAUACUUUAUGUCUAUGAUUCAUAUCACUGCAGCACUUAGAAUUUACAUUAAAGGGUAUUCACUGGAGGAAACUGCCUUGACUUCUGGUGGGUUAUUACUGGUAUGCUGCCUAGCUACAUGCACUGCUAUAGAACUUCUUUCAAUGUGGAACUUGACAAGAAUAGAAGUUCAACUAUGCAACAUGUUAUCUCCUGAGGCACCCAAACUCUCUCUUGCUUCUUACAACUGGACUCUUGUAUUCAUUGCGAUGGUCGUGGAUAACUUUCUAUACCCUGUUUCUGCGAUGCGUUCUCAUUUUUCUCAGUCUAUCAAUUGGUCUGGUAUCCGGUACCAUUUGAGGAAUGGAAAGAUAUACAAGAUUGAAAGAAGCAAGGAUAAGGGGCCAGUUUUUACGGACUUGGGAGGGAAGAAUUUAUAUGGGAAAAAAGGAGCUCCUCCCAAAGCCUCAUUCCUCAGCUCAUUGGCCAGAAGUAUGUCGCAAUGGCACCAGCCAAAGAAAUAUGAUGUCUAGAAACUGGCUGUACCUAAAGAAGAAAAAAAAAGAAAAAAAGAAAAAAAAGAAGAAAAUAUUGGAUCUUUUUGCCCAGUAUUUGAGAUUUAAUGGGCAUCAAGGGCUUCAGAAGCAAGAUUAUUGUGGAGUAUUUAGAUUGCGCUGCCAAUCCAUUUACAGAUUGAUCAAAGUGCUUAGGAAUUUUUGCUUCAUUCUUUAAACCCCAUUCAAUCAAUUUGAUUAUUCCUCAUCACCCACCUUGUUUGGGCUGAUUUUGUAAUUUUUUUUACUUUUGUUUUGUUUUGUUAUGGGUCCAUACACAGUUCAAAAUUCAUAAUGUUAGACAUUAGAGUUAUGAUUCCCAUCCUCUUCUUUCUUGGAGGCUGACGAUUUGUUAUCUUUUCGUUCA